AUGAUUGUUGUCAAGAACCUCUCUAUUGCCGCAGCACUCCUGACUGGAGCUGCCCAACAUGCGCUCGCGGCUCCCAUUGCAAGUUCGGAUCUCGUCCUUAGAUCUGGCGCUGGCGUUAUUAAUGAAGCCGUUCUGGGAGCCCGUGCCGUUGAUAUUGAGUAUCCUGGCCUCGAAGAGAGAAAAGUGAACGGCAAGAGGCUUCUGCAUAAUUCCGCAAGGGUUGGAAAAGGCCUUUCAAAGAUUCUUCUCCGCGAUCUAGAGACAGACAAAAAUUUUGAGCUCAGUGAGCAGAUGAUGGCGGUUGAGAUUGAGGGCCGUGAUCUUGAGGAGAGAAAAAUCAACCGCAAAAAGCUCCUUCGAGGUGCCGCAAAGGUUGGGAAAGGCCUUCUCAAAUUGCUUCUCCGCAACGGAGAUCUUAAGGAGCGUGAUGUUCAAUUUGAUGAGCGUGAUCUUGAGUACGUCUUUGCCCGCUAUCUCCAAGAUGGGGAGUAA